AACUUUGCUUUUCAAAAGGAACAAUAUUUAAAAAAAAAAUGAAAGAAUUAACUUUCAUCUUCAGCCUGUUGGCUCUUACUUCACGUUUCACGCCCAGUGACAGCCAGAGAGCUCGAUGGGGACCCUAUGGACCUAUCCAGCGGCCACCACCUCGUCUGCCCCCGCCAAGAGGGUUUCCACAAGGCCCUAUUCUUCCCUAUGGCCCAGGAUUCAUUCCACCACCCGCUCCUCCUCCUUUUCAACCAUGGAACAUUCCUCCUCCUCCUCCCUUUAGACCCCAUCCAUCAAAUCCUAUUAGACAACCUCGACCUUUUCCAGUUCAUCCAAAUUCACCUUUUCAACCACAGCCUUCCCGUCCAGAACCUAUAAGGCGGCCAAAAGACUUAUAUCCCAUUUAUCCAAACCCUAAUAUACCUCAACCCACAAUUCAAACAAAUCCAAAAUCUAGAACCACAACCCCUACCACUACCACCACAAGAGCAACUACCACCACUUCUGCAGAACCCACCACCACUGCCACAGUACCCACCACAACAGCCACCACCACUGCCACAGUGCCCAGCACAACAGCCACCACCACUGCCACAGUACCCACCACAACAGUCACCACCACUGCCACAGAGCCCACCACAACAGCCACCACUGCCACAGAACCCACCACAACAGCCACCACCACUGCCACAGAGCCCACCACAACAGCCACCACUGCCACAGUACCCACCACAACAGCCACCACCACUGCCACAGUACCCACCACAACAGCCACCACCACUGCCACAGUACCCACCACAACAGCCAUCACCACUGCCACAGAGCCCAGCACAACAGCCACCACUGCCACAGAGCCCACCACAACAGCCACCACCUCUGCCACAGAGCCCACCACAACAGCCACCACCACUGCCACAGUACCCACCACAACAGCCAUCACCACUGCCACAGAGCCCACCACAACAGCCACCACUGCCACAGUACCCACCACAACAGCCACCACCACUGCCACAGUACCCACCACAACAGCCACCACCACUGCCACAGAGCCCACCACAACAGCCACCACCACUGCCACAGAGCCCACCACAACAGCCACCACUGCCACAGAGCCCACCACAACAGCCACCACAAUCACUCCCAAAGAAGGUAUCUCCACAACGGCCACCACCACUGCCACUGAGUCCUCCACAACAGCCACCACCACUGGCACAGAGCCCACCACAACAGCCACCACAAUCACUCCCAAAGAAGGUAUCUCCACAACAGCCAUCACCACUGCCACAGAGCCCACCACAACAGCCAUCACCACUGGCACAGAGCCCAGCACAACGGCCAUCACCACUGCCACAGAGCCCACCACAACAGCCACCACCACUGCCACAGAACCCAGCACAACAGCCACCACCACUGCCACAGAACCCACCACAACAGCCAUCACCACUGGCACAGAGCCCAGCACAACGGCCAUCACCACUGCCACAGAGCCCACCACAACAGCCACCACCACUGCCACAGAGCCCACCACAACAGCCACCACCACUGCCACAGAACACACCACAAUAGCAACCACAAUCACUCCCAAAGAAGAUUCCAUCUUCAAAGUGCUAAGGAGUUUACAAAUGACUGUAGCAUUACCUUAUUGGUGGCAAAUCUCUCCCAAAUCACCAAAUGUUUCGGUGAAACUUGGGUGCAGUGCAAGCCACUGGAUACCAUAUCAAAUUAACCAGCUGCCACAAAACUCAAUACUGAAAUAUGGAAAACAGGUUCCACAACACCAUCUUACUCCCAAUCACCAAGAACAAAUUAAAGAAGUUCCUACUCCUCCUCCUACUAAUGCUCUAAAAGAACAGAAUGAACUUAAUCCUGUUCCUUCAAAUGUCUAUGCAGUACAUAUUUUACAACAAUAUCUUCAAUCCAAAGAACCCGCCACCAAACGUUUCAAAGAACCCUCUGCUGUAGCAUCCAAAAUCAUGUCUAGAAAACACAGUUCUAUAAUGAGAGCAAUCAUGUCUGGUGAUUAUACAUUAGAAGAUCCUCAAACCACCUCCAAACAACUCACUGCAAUUAUUGAAACUUCAGUGAAACCAAUGAAAGUAUCCAGCACUAAAAUUUCCAAAAAAUUAUCUACAGAGACAACCAAAAUCAGGUCCACAGAAUCCACAUCAACAUCACCCGAGAACAUCUCCACAGUAUCCACUACAACUAUGAACACUUCAAAAGAACUCAUGAAAGUAUCCACCACCAAAUGUUUCAAAGAACCCUCUGCUGUAGCAUUCAAACUCACCUAUAGCGAAUCUACAUCAGUAGCUCCUAAGACCACUGCCCAACAACUCACUACAACUAUCGGAACUUCAGAGAAACAAAUGAAAGCAUCAACCACUCAAAUUUCCAAAGAGCCCUCUCAAACAUCAAUGAAAAUAAGCUCAAAAGAACAGAUUACGGUACCCACCACCAAACAUUUCAAAGAACCCUCUGCUGUAGCAUCCAAAAUCAUGUCUAGAAAACGCAGUUCUAUAAUGAGAGCAAUCAUGUCCGGUGAUUAUACAUUAGGAGAUCCUCAAACCACCUCCAAACAACUCACUGCAAUUAUUGAAACUUCAGUGAAACCAAUGAAAGUAUCCAGCACUAAAAUUUCCAAGAAAUUAUCUACAGAGACAACCAAAAUCAGGUCCACAGAAUCCACAUCAACAUCACCCGAGAAUAUUUCCACAGUAUCCACUACAAUUAUGAACACUUCAAAAGAACUCAUGAAAGUAUCUACCACCAAACAUUUCAAAGAACCCUCUGCUGUAGCAUCCAAACUCAUGUCUAGACAAUCUACAUCAGUAGUUCCUAAGACCACUGCCCAGCAACUCACUACAACUAUCAGAACUUCAGUGAAACAAAUGAAAGCAUCAACCACCCAAAUUUCCAAAGAACCCUCUCAAACAUCAAUGAAAAUAAGCUCCAGAGCAUCGACAUCAACAGCACCCAAGACCACCUCCACAGUUUCCACUAAAACUGUGACCACUUCAAAAGAACAGAUUAUGGUACCCACCACCAAACAUUUCAAAGAACCCUCUGCUGUAGCAUCCAAACUCAUAUCUAGACAAUCUAAAUCAGUAGCUCCUAAGACCACUGCCCAACAACUCACUACAACUAUCGGAACUUCAGUGAAACAAAUGAAAGCAUCAACCACUCAAAUUUCCAAAGAACCCUCUCAAACAUCAGUGAAAAUAAGCUCCAGAGCAUCAACAUCAACAGCACCCAAGACCACCUCCACAGAUUCCACUACAACUAUGACUAAUUCAAAAGAACCCAUGACAGUAUUGACCAACAAAAGUUUCAAAGAACCCUCUGCUGUAGUAAUAAAAAUUAUGUCUGGAGAAUCUACAUCAGUAGCUCCUAAGACCACUGCCCAACAACUCACUACAACUAUUGGAACUUCAGUGAAACAAAUGAAAGCAUCAAACACUCAAAUUUCCAAAGAGCCCUCUCAAACAUCAAUGAAACUAAGCUCCAGAGCAUGGACAUCAACAGCACCCAAGACCACCUCCACAGUUUCCACUAAACCUGUGACCACUUCAAAAGAACAAAUUAUGGUACCCACCACCAAACAUUUCAAAGAAUCCUCUGCUGUAGCAUCCAAACUCAUGUCUAGACAAUCUACAUCAGUAGCUCCUAAGACCACUGCCCAACAACUCACUACAACUAUCAGUACUUCAGUGAAACAAAUGAAAGCAUCAACCACCCAAAUUUCCAAAGAACCCUCUCAAACAUCAAUGAAACUAAGCUCCAGAGCAUCAACAUCAACAGCACCCAAGACCACCUCCACAGUUUCCACUACAACUAUGACUAAUUCAAAAGAACCCAUGACAGUAUCGACCACCAAAAGUUUCAAAGAACCCUCUUCUAUAGUAAUAAAAAUUAUGUCUGGAGAAUCUACAUCAGUAGCUCCUAAGACCACUGCCCAACAACUCACUACAACUAUUGGAACUUCAGUGAAACAAAUGAAAGCAUCAACCACUCAAAUUUCCAAAGAACCCUCUCAAAUAUCAAUCAAAUCAGCUCCUCAGCAUCAACAUCAACAGCACCCUGGAACACCUCCACAGUAUGCACUAAAACUGUGA